AUGCACCUCUCAACCCUCCGCCCGGGGACGACCUCCCUCACAUCCGCCCUCUCCUCCCUCACCCUCAAAACAACAACAACCACCACCGCCGCGCGCGCCUUCUCAACAACCCCCGCCACCCUCACAAAAACGAUCCCCCUCCACCGCAUCCCCGAAACCCACGUCCCGCCGUACCCCUACGGCCCGCGCCUGAUCUACAAACAAUCCAACGCCGGCCUCUACGGCACCGCCCGCAUCCGCACCGGCCACAACGUGUCCGAGAAACACCACCAGGUGUCCCCGCGCGUCUGGCGUCCCAACGUCCACCGCCGCAAGCUCUGGUCCGAGUGCCUCGGCGCCUGGGUCCGCACCCGCCUCACCACCCGCGUCCUGCGCACCGUCCGCAAGGAGGGCGGCCUCGACGAGUACGUCCUCAAGAACAAGGCCGCCCGCGUCAAGGAGCUCGGCCCCGGCGGCUGGAAGCUGCGCUGGCUCGUCAUGCAGACCCUCGAGUACAGGUACAGGAUGUUCCGGGAGCGCCGCGCGCUCGGCGUCGUCGACAGGCCGCUGCCGGGCGACAACUCGCGGCUCGCGCCCAUCAUGGCCAGGGUCGCCAUCAGCGGCAAGAUACGCGCGUCCGAUCAGAAGAUCAUCGAGGAGAUGGCGUCCGAGACGGUGGCGCAGUACAGGAUGAGGCAGGUGCAGAUGAAGCAGAUGGCGCGGAUGACGCAGAAGGAGGAGGAGUAUGCGCUCGGCCAGGAGGCUGAGGAGGGCGUGCUUGAGGACGAGGAGUAUCAGAUGGAGCAUAUCGAUGGGCCGAAGGGGGAGGAGGUGAAGACCGUAUGA